CAAAGACUUGCAUAAAGUAAAAUGUUAUCAUUAGUUGUCAUUGUAUGCAUAACAAACAAUGGCUUAGUGCCUACUUUCUUUUUUUUAAAAAAAAAGUCAGCUCACCUUUUUCUCUCUCUUUUUUUUUCUUCAUUCUCAAAAUGAAGAACACACCCAAAUCUAUAAUGAAAGGAUGGGUUGCAUUAUCUGCAGUUGCCCUUGGUUCUUAUUUAUUUUCCAAAAAUUAUACGCUUAAUCGAUUGAAAGAAUACACAAAGGACAAUUCAGUAACAUCAAGUGGAAAAGGUGAUAGUACAGCAAAUACAGCAGAUGGUCAAUUACGUCGCUCAGUCAAUAGAAGUCUCUCAUAGCUUGGCAUACCAAUUUAGAUGCAGAAAACAAUAAAUUUUACUUUCUCAUAAAGAUAGAUAGACACACACACAUAUAUAUAUAUAUACA